GAGAAAAAGAAAACUCAUUUUUGCAUAAAAAAAAAACCACCCACCCAAUCAUCUAAAAUCCAAUCAAAGCCAAAGGAUGACCUCUCUCUCACAUAUCAAAAAACACACACACUCUCCUUUCAAACCCUAAUUCAUCAAUCAUUCAAUCCUUCAUUCCCAUCUGAUAAAUGGAAAAAAGAUUGAUGUAUUAGGCGGGUUAUGAUUUGGCUUUUCUUGCUCUUACACAUUGCAGCGGCAUUUAUUGUUUAUGAAGAUUAGGGGUAUUCGUAUAUUCGUAUGAAUAUAAAGUUAUUUGAUGUGGGUUUUCUGCGUUGAGAUGCAUAAUAUUGUAUUUUGCAAGAUUUUAACGGCCUAGAUCAGACAAACCGUGAACAUUUUAGGAAUCUGGAAGGGUUUUAUUUUUUCUCUAGAUCAAACAAAUCAUUGUUGGGAAUCCAUUGGUUUUGUCGAGAUUAGAUUGAUGUGGUGGAGAAAUAUUUGAGGUAUUUAUGGUAUAGGAAAAACCGAAAAACUUGGAUAAGGUUUGAGGGAUUUGAUUGGGAUGAAUUCUGCUGCUGCUUCUUCUAGAGGUUUGAUUUGGUGAUUGUAAGUAUUUAUUUGGAAAGAAGUGGUGGUGGAUAAUCAAUAAUGGAUAAAAAGAAAGUUGUGGAAGCUAUGGGAGAUGAGGAUGCUGUGUUUCUGUUAGGGAGUCAUACGAACCAUGAAGAGGUGGGUCAGUCUGGUGAUGAAAUGGAAACCGAUGAGGUGAUAACAGAUGAUCCGGAUAUUGAUGUAAUAUGCAAGUCAGACGAAAGGGAUGAAAAUGUGGUGUUUUCAAGAGAGGACCCGCUUGUGAAUUGUACUGGUAUUCAUGGAAGUAAACUUAAAUCUAGCUUGCUAGCGACAGAGUCGGGAAUUACAAACGUGGAGGAAUGUGUGCAAGAGAAGAAGCUUAGUAGACAAGACAGGAUUGAGCUGGGGCGUUUGUUUCAGGGUGCGGUGAGUUCACAUGAUUGGGAACUUGCAGAGAGUUUGAUAUCAUUAGCUGACCCGCAAACGCUUAAUGAUGCUUUGUGCAUUUCAUUAGAUUCAAUUUGGUUUUUGAGCACCCAUCAGGAGCUUGAUGGGAUUACAGGGUUGAUUAAAAGUAUUAUCUCCAAUGGUGCUUCUGACUUUACAAGGGCGGCUCUUAGGACUUCAUUUUUAGCUUCUUGUGUCUCAGCAUGCCAAAGUCGAACAAUGAGCCUUGCAGACACUGUUUCUGUGAUGGCACGACGCUUGCAUGAGCGGCUGCAGGAAUGUAACGGGGAUGAAGUUUUGAAGGCUGAAGCUGGUGCCAAGGUCCAGAAAUUUACUGAAUGGGCUUUGAAAUGUAUAGGUUUUCACUCGCGUUGCCAAGGGAACAAAGAUAGGGUGAAUCAGAACUCUGCUGUUCAGGUUCAGUUACAGCUAUCGGCGUUCAAGACUUUCUUGGAUCUUGCUGGUAAUCACCUUACAGGAAAGGACUUCACAGAGGCAUUUGAUGCAGCUUGCUUCCCUCUUACUCUUUUCUCCAGUUCAUUUGACCCUGGUUGGGCAUCAGGUAUGUCAGCAACUGCAGUUCAAGGGUUGCUUGCCAUGUUAGUGGAAGGUGGUGCAGAUAAUGUAAACCAAUGCUUUAUUGAGGCCUCGCGUUUUGGAAGCACUGAGCUCGUUCGUAUAUUAUUGCAGAUUGCUCAAAGGAACAGCUUGGAUGUAGAUGUUGACCUGGCUUUGGGUUUUGCUUCACAUUAUGGAAAGAUCAGUACUAUGGAAUGCUUAGUUGAAGAGGGAAAUGCCAUGGCUUUUUUAGGCCCGUUGAUGAGAGCAGCAGAAAGGGGCUGCAUGCAGGUUGUUCAAUGGUUUGUAAAACGAGGCUGCAGAGACAUGGAACUGUGUCUAGCCCUAACAGCCGCUACCUCAAGCAGUCAAGUCGACAUUGCUGCUUAUCUUCUCCCGCACGUUCCACAACACGUCCUUGCGGCUCUCAGCAUUGAAAUUCUUAAAGCAGCCGGCGAAAGAAGCGGUGGGUCCCUUGAUGGUGUCGCCUUUCUCCUCCAGUCCAAUUUUCUUGGAGACCCAGUUGCCACUUAUGCAGUUGCCGACAGCAUUUCCAGGUCAGAUGAUGACUCGGUUGCCCCCGAGCUGCGUGAUUUUCUUCAAGAGCAGUGGUCAGAGGCGGCUUUCUUUGACGGGUUGAGGCAAGGUCAAGUCCAUUACUUCAACCUGGUUAGUAUCAUGAAAUGGGGUGGGUCACCAUUAUGCUUAAUGGAUCUGCCUGGCCCAUUAAGAGUUGCAAUAGCAUACCUGCCACUGUAUAGGAAGUGUGUGACGGCGGGUGGUUGUUUGUUGUCCCAACAGUUACGCGGGCAAUUGGUGGAAGCCGCUAAACGGUUAGGAGGAGUAGUGAUGGAGGAGGCAGGCCAGAGACAAGAGCUUCUGGCUGUUUUAGAGCAACAUCUUCCUCCAUUUUUGCAUCAUGCAUGAUACAAUGAAUAUGUUGUUUAAGAAGAAAUUUUUGGAUCUUUGUGGAUCCUCUUGAAUCUAUGCCAAAUGAUCAUGUAGAAGUGAUAUGACAAUAGAGAUGUGAAGCUCCAUGACAUUAUUACCA